UGAAAAGAACAAAAAGGUUUUUAAUUUUAUAUCAUAUAUUUUACGAUUAUAUCUCUGGGGAUAUUUGUAUCCAAGUGUGGACUCUGACGAGUUUUUUACCAUAUUUUGUAACUCCUUUUUAUACUCCUUGCAAGUAGUAGGCUCUUUUGCUAAAGUUUUUACUUAAUAUUUUUAUAUCACAUUUUCCAAUCAAAAUCUUAACUAAAUUAACCGUAGAAAUAGUUCAAGGAGCAAAAUAAAAGAUGCGUAAAACCUGGCACAAGGCUUUCCAUAAACGCAAAGCGUGGCAGACUGUAUCUUAUUCGGGACGUUUGGUCUACUAUAUGCAACCGAUUUUUGACCACUUUCUACGCGUCUGGAUGCAGUCGCUGCCGUUUCCAACGCUCCUUAAAGUGAUCUAUACAUCUGGAAUACUCUUUUUCAUAAUGCUGCCCCUGCUCUAUCCGGUGGCUGUUCUCGUUUUCUACUAUGCCAUCUUUCAAUAUGUUGCCGAACAGCAAUGGGAUGUGGAAUUCCCGGAGAGUUAUAAUCUCUUGAAUGCCAGCAGCGAAAUGUGGAACUUUCAGGUGACCAAUCGCAAGCAUUUGCUAUUCAUGACCAUGUAUGUGGAUCGAUAUCGAGUGAUUAUCACGGCCAUGUCAUCGGCAGUGGACUAUCUGCGAAUGGCAUUGUGUUUUGUCUUUGGCUAAAAUGAUGAUGAUGGUCUACCACCAGCACCACCACCACUAACACCACCAACACCAUCACAAGUGGUAGGUGUGUGUGUUAAAGUUUGAAAAUGAGUUUGCUUUUUGGUAACAAAUUGUGAAUAUAAAUAUAAAAAACACAAGUAAUGGG